CUGACAACCGAAGGCUGUAGCUAGCUAAACUGUCCGUAAAUAUAACCACCAAACCGUUAAAAAAACAGACUCAUUCAACGGUUACAUUCCUCCGCCGAUGCACCGAAACUCCUCUUUGAUUUAUUCCGGUAACGUUGUUUUAAAAGUAAAGUUUCCUUCGUUGACGUUCGGGUAACGUAACUUACGUUAAGCUUUGGCUAACGUUAGCUAAAACGUAACGUAACUUACGUUAGCUAAAACUUAGCGUUACGUACGUUAGCUUAAAGCUUACGUUAGCUAACUCAUACGUUAGCUGGUUAGCCGGGUGCUAAUUUAAACCUCGACUGACUAACUGUGAAGGAAGUGUGAGGGGUGUUUCCAGCUGAUCUGUACAACAGAAGGCGCCGAGUCCCCCUCAGCAGUCCGACCUACCUGCGACUCUCCGCGGCCACAGCCCACCUCAGCACCCCGGUGCCGGCCGCAGCGGUGCAGGAUCUCCAUCCGGACUACUUCACAGGAAGAACCGGGGUGGGUGGUGGUGGUGGUGGGGGGGGAAUCCUCGGUUAGCUGCCGGUGCAGUCGGUAGCCGUUAGCUCCGGACUGUCAUGAUCCCUGCAGCGCGGAGAUGGCGUCCUUCCCCGGUUUGUGCAAGGCUGUCGGGCCAGCGGAGGAGGAGAACGGAGAGCUGGACGGUUCUCUGCAGCAGAUGCUGAAGGCCAUCGCCGACGAGCGGAACCGGCUCAACGUCCGGCAAGAGGUCAGCGGAAUCGGUUGUUUUAAAGAUGACCGCAUCGUGUUCUGGACCUGGAUGUUCUCAACGUAUUUCAUGGAGAAGUUCGCUCCUCGCCAGGACGACAUGCUGUUCUACGUCCGCAGGAAGCUCGCCUACGUCAGCGCCGACAACACCGAGGGCAAAAAGGUGGAGGUGGAGGUUUACCGGAGAGACUCCAAGAAGCUGCCGGGCCUCGGCGACCCCGACAUCGACUGGGAGGAGAGCGUCUACCUGAACCUCAUCCUGCAGAAGUUGGACUACGUGGUGACGUGUGCAGUCUGCACGCGCUCAGACGCAGGAGACAUCCACAUCCACAAGAAGAAAUGCCAGGAAGUGUUUGCGUCUCCCAGCAAACACGCCAUGGACAGCAAAGGGGAGGAGUCCAAGAUGAGCUACCCCAACAUCUUCUUCAUGAUCGACAACUUCGAGGAGUGGCAUGACAUGACGUGGGCGAGGGGGACGAUGGUGUGUUGGACUGGUGGCGACGACAAGAGCAACACGUUCCAGGGCGUCCAUCUUCCAGGGCGCGAUCCGCUACUAGCGCUGAAGAAAUUCUACGACCACCAGGUGAGCGUAGCUGCUAAGAUGGCCCAGCGGAUGUCUUUCGGUUUCUACAAAUACAAAAACAUGGAGUUCGUGAGGAUGAAGGGUCCGCAGGGCAAAGGUCACGCUGAGAUGGCCGUCAGCAGGGUCCCGACGGGGGACACGUCCCCCUGCGGCACCGAGGAGGACCAGGUGUCCCCCAUGCACGAGAGGGUGACGUCCUUCAGCACACCUCCGACUCCAGAGAGGAACCGUCCGUCCUUCUUCUCGCCGUCUCUGAGACGUAAAGUGCCCCGAAGCCGAAACGCGGAGAUGAAGAAGUCUCACUCGGCCAACGACAGCGAGGAGUUCUUCAGGGAGGAAGAAGACGAAGAUCUCCACACCACGUCCAACCUGCGGUCCCGGUCCCUGUCGGGGACCCAGCGCUCCUUGGUGGGGUCCUGGCUCAAGCUGAACCGGACCGAGGACUGCUUCCUGCUGUACUCCCACCUGACCUACGUCACCCUGCCGCUGCACCGCAUCACCACAGACACUCCUGGAGGUGAGGCAGAAGCCGAUCCUGAUACGUAGCAGAGCUGCUCCCUCAUAGCUCACUACCAAGUGCCGUCCUGCAUCGGCCACAGACCCCCCCCCCCCCACCAACCACCCCACCCCCGGUGUCCAAGACCCCC